AUGCACCAGCCGGGCGGCGCGGCGGCUCCGCAGGCUGACGGAGCCAGUGCGGCUGGACGGAAAAGCACGGCGAGCAGGGAGCGCUUGAAGCGCAGCCAGAAGAGCGCCAAGGUGGAGGGGCCGGAGCCCGGGCCGGCCGAGGCCUCGCUGAGCGCCGAGCAGGGAACGAUGACGGAGGUGAAGGUGAAGACGGAGGUGCCCGACGACUACAUCCAGGAGGUGAUCUGGCAGGGCGAGGCCAAGGAGGAGGGCAAGGCGGUCAGCAAGGACGGGACCGGCGACGUGCCCGCUGAGAUCUGCGUGGUGAUCGGCGGCGUCCGCAACCAGCAGACCCUCGGGUCCUAUGAGUGUGGAAUCUGUGGCAAGAAGUACAAGUAUUACAACUGUUUCCAGACCCACGUGCGUGCACACCGAGACACUGAAGCCACCUCCGGGGAGGGAGCCUCCCAAGGCAACAAUUUCAGGUACACGUGCGACAUCUGCGGCAAGAAGUACAAGUACUACAGCUGCUUCCAGGAGCACCGAGACCUGCACGCGGUGGAUGUGUUCAGUGUGGAAGGAGCCCCUGAGAACCGGGCAGAUCCCUUCGACCAAGGCGUCGUGGCCGCUGAAGAGGUGAAGGAGGAACCCCCGGAACCAUUCCAGAAAAUUGGGCCAAAAACCGGCAACUACACCUGUGAAUUCUGCGGGAAGCAGUACAAGUACUACACACCCUACCAGGAGCACGUGGCCUUACACGCCCCCAUCAGUACCGCCCCCGGGUGGGAGCCGCCGGACGAUCCAGACACAGGCUCUGAGUGCUCGCAUCCAGAGGUCUCCCCGUCUCCACGCUUCGUGGCCGCGAAGACCCAGACGAACCAGUCGGGGAAAAAGGCCUCGGCCUCCGUGGUCCGAUGCUCCACCCUCUUACACCGCACUCCUCCAGCCACCCAAACCCAGCCGUUCCGCGCUCCAAAUUCAGGAUCGCCAGCCAACAAGGCAACCUCAGAAAGCGCUUUCAGCCGGAGAGUAGAGAGCAAAGCACAAAACCACUUUGAAGAGACGAACAGCAGUUCCCAGAACUCCAGCGAAACGGCAAGUCCCCUGAUUUCCAAUACUUUCCCUCUCCUACAGAAACCCUACACGUGCGGCGCCUGUGGGAUCCAGUUCCAGUUCUACAACAACCUGCUGGAGCACAUGCAGUCCCACGCGGCGGACAAUGAGAACAACAUCACCUCGAACCAGUCCCGGUCGCCCCCUGCUGUUGUGGAGGAGAAGUGGAAGCCCCCGGCCCAGAGGAACAGUGCCAACAACACCACGGCCAGUGGUCUGCCGUCCAACAGCCUCAUCCCCGAGAAGGAGCGGCAGAACAUCGCCGAGCGGCUGCUGCGGGUCAUGUGCGCUGACCUGGGAGCGCUGAGCGUGGUGAGCGGGAAGGAGUUCCUGAAGCUGGCCCAGACGCUGGUGGACAGCGGCGCCCGCUACGGGGCCUUCUCCGUCACCGAGAUCCUGGGCAACUUCAACACGCUGGCGCUGAAGCACCUGCCGCGCAUGUACAACCAGGUGAAGGUGAAGGUGACAUGCGCCCUGGGCAGCAACGCCUGCCUGGGCAUCGGCGUCACCUGCCACUCGCAGAGCGUGGGGCCCGACUCCUGCUACAUCCUCACCGCCUACCAGGCUGAGGGCAACCACAUCAAGAGCUACGUGCUGGGCGUGAAGGGGGCGGACAUCCGCGACAGCGGCGACCUGGUGCACCACUGGGUGCAGAACGUGCUGUCGGAGUUCGUGAUGUCGGAGAUCAGGACGGUGUACGUGACGGACUGCCGGGUGAGUGCCUCCGCCUUCUCCAAGGCCGGCAUGUGCCUCCGCUGCUCGGCCUGCGCCUUGAACUCGGUGGUGCAGAGCGUGCUGAGCAAGCGGACGCUGCAGGCGCGCAGCAUGCACGAGGUCAUCGAGCUGCUCAACGUGUGCGAGGACCUGGCGGGCUCCACGGGCCUGGCCAAGGAGACCUUCGGGUCGCUGGAGGAGACCUCGCCGCCGCCCUGCUGGAACUCGGUCACCGACUCGCUGCUGCUGGUGCACGAGCGCUACGAGCAGAUCUGCGAGUUCUACAGCCGGGCCAAGAAGAUGAACCUCAUCCAGAGCCUCAACAAGCACCUGCUCAGCAACCUGGCGGCCAUCCUGACGCCCGUGAAGCAGGCCGUCAUUGAGCUGAGCAACGAGAGCCAGCCCACCCUGCAGCUGGUGCUGCCCACCUACGUCCGGCUGGAGAAGCUGUUCACGGCCAAGGCCAACGACGCGGGCACCGUCAGCAAGCUGUGCCACCUCUUCCUGGAGGCCCUCAAGGAGAACUUCAAGGUGCACCCGGCGCACAAGGUGGCCAUGAUCCUGGACCCGCAGCAGAAGCUGCGGCCCGUCCCGCCCUACCAGCACGAGGAGAUCAUCGGCAAGGUGUGCGAGCUCAUCAACGAGGUCAAGGAGUCCUGGGCGGAGGAGGCCGACUUCGAGCCCGCCGCCAAGAAGCCACGCUCCGCAGCCACCGCCGCCGCCGCCGCCGCUGCCGCCGGCGAGAACCCCGCUGCUCCGGGCGACGACCGUCUGGGCAAGAGCGAGGUGUACGACUACCUGCAGGAGCCCCUCUUCCAGGCCACCCCCGACCUCUUCCAGUACUGGUCGUGCGUCACCCAGAAGCACACGAAACUGGCCCGGCUGGCCUUCUGGCUCCUCGCCGUCCCGGCCGUGGGGGCCCGGAGCGGGUGCGUGAAUAUGUGCGAGCAGGCGCUUCUCAUCAAGAGGAGGCGGCUGCUCAGCCCGGAGGAUAUGAACAAACUCAUGUUCCUGAAAUCCAACAUGCUCUAA